AUGGAUGAGAAACGCCCUGCGUCACGAGCCAUGUCGCCGCCCCGUUCUCUCCGUCGCAGUCGACCUGCCCUCACAAUAGCCUUCGUAAUAGCUGUCGUUUAUACAUUCUGGAUAUGGCAGCCUUUCAACCCUAUACUUGACCAAACGAUGGUCGCCAUCACGAGCGACGAUGUUCACACUACCGAUAAACUUGUGCCACUGGAGGCACACAUCAUGAGUAAAUGUCCCGACGCAAAGGAGGGACUUGAACUACUAGUACUACCCGUGAUGCAACGCGUUCAUGAUAAGGUCAACUUCACAUUAUCUUACAUUGGCCGGCCAACUGCCAACGACGGUGUCGACUGCAUGCAUGGCCCUUCAGAAUGCAUGGGCAACAUCAUCGAGCUCUGCGCCCGCGAACUCUACCCCGAUCCCAAGAUCAACCUCGGCUUCAUCAUGUGUCUGAGCCGCGACUACAGCGAAAUCCCCGAACGGUCCCUCGUCGAAGACUGUGCUCUUGAGUCCGCGAUCGAUUUCCAGCAACUCAACGACUGCGCUGUAAAGGAGGACGGCGCCUAUGGCUUAAGCCUCCUCCGGGAUAGCAUCAAGAGAACUGCAGAUGUAUGCCAAACUCAUCUGGAAUACCAUACCGUGCUAAUAUGA